CGACGACCCGGCACGGAGUUCAUGGGCAGACGGGGGCUGGCGGGAGGCCACGGCGGAACAAAACGUCCCUGGGUGUCACCGCAACACCAAACCCCCAGGGGCGCUCGGAUGCCACGGCUCGAGCCCCUCUGUUCGAGCCCAUCAGGUGCUAAAGUGUUCCUCGCCCGCGUGGCUGUAGGAAUAGCUGCUCUUGUACUGAGCAAGAUGCCUCAAAUAAGGAGAACCCCCGGGCACUUUGUCCUCUCCAGCUACCCCGGUGGAGCACCAGAAGAGGAGACCUACAGUAACCUCCAGACAAUCCCAGACACCACAGAGCAAAUGGAGUUUGAUAUCAGCUCAGCUACUCAGGUUGGCCGUCAGCUGGCCCUGAUCGGGGAUGAAUUUAACAGGAGGUACCACAGGAGCUUAGAAGAUACACUGCUUCACCUGGCACGAUUGGUUGCUAUCAGUGUUUUCCAGACAUUGAAUGUUAUUAGAAGUGUUGUAAGAAGCUCUCGGAACAUUUUGAACAGUGACUGGGUGAAGGGCAUCGUUGGCUGCGGAAGCUGGGUUCCCAGGCUUCCUUUCAGGUGUGUGUGCCAGAAGCUGGUGCCUGCAGCCCUGCUGGUCGCUGCCUUUUGGUGGGCCCUGAAUUAUGGACUGUAGAGUGAACACACGAAUUACAACAGGAGGUCAUUGCUGGACUCUGACCAACAUCAUCAACACCCCGGUGGUGGCAGCUGGUUUGUUUUUCAAAUGUACACUGAUAAAAAUCUCUUUAAUAUUUAAAAACCUAGGCUAGUGCUGGGUCACUGCUGUUUCAGUCUUUUCUAAAGAUUUAAAAAUGUUUAAAAUAAGGAGGUUGUUGCUGGAUAACUACCUGACUUGCUAGUUUUGAAAUGUGACUCCAGGCGAUUACAAAGUCUGUCUUUUUUUUGUGUGUGUGUUUGUUUUAAUGCAAUAUAAAGUGUCUAUUUCAUAUAAAUGAGUUUGUUAAAGAGAACCUGGAUUUGAGGAAGACUGAAGGCAUGCUGGACAUCCUUUCAAUUUUAACACUGUAAAAGCAAGAGUAAAGAUUUA